GUUAGUGCCUGUGUAUGACCACAAUCCCAUCCAGCUCAACCUCUCCGACUCCAGGCACACGCACGCUGCGCUUCCCAGAAAUCACAGCCCUCGCUCGGUUUGCGCCCGCAUCUGCCAUCUCAUUUGUCUUUGUCCAUUGCGGCGCUGUUGUGUCUCGUCAACCUGCAGCUACCUCGCUUUCUCCGCCGACACCUGCGACCACCCGACAACUCGAAGACUUGACAGCUGCGGGCUGCCUUUCUUCUUCCGGCCGCAUCCAUUACCUCGACUUCGACAGCAACUGCUCGCGCCUGAGGUCUCAACCGGUUUCCCUUCACCAUCCCACAGCGCAUCAGCAACCGUCCCUCAUUGCCGCAUGGUCCUCACCUCAGCCGAAUCUACCUCUGUCGCACCUUCGAGGAAAAGAGAACAAGACAAGCACCUCCCACUCAGCGCGCAAUGCUCCUUCCCUGACCACCCCUCAACUGCCGACAACCUGCUGACGGAAUAACCACUGUUUGUCUCGAGUAUCACGACCUUCCCGAACUUCCACAACUACACUGGUCGAACCGAACGAUCCUCUCGAUCGCAUUAUGGGCCCCUAAGGCCGCGAAAAGCACGGUGUUUUCCUUUCAUACUCCAAUCAUUGCAGCACACUAUGGAUCCUGCCGCCUGUCGAGUCAUAUACAUUGAUGAGCGAUUCAACACAGAAAGGUGGAUCUGUAGAGACGGGUUGACGCCCCAUACACCGCAGAGAGCAGGGUCAGAAGUGGAAUUUUCGGAACUACCAGUGGACCUUCAAUCUAAUGUUAAUGCGUUCUUGACUGUCUUCAAUCAAGUCUAUGUAUGUAGCUCUGGAAGAGCCUUUUCCACGAAAUUGUCCGAACUCCAUGAUCAAGUCAAGCUCGAUUGUACGCCUAUUCUCGCUUGUUUCGACGUAGGAUCCGAGUCAAAGGUCGAAUCGGCGAGAACCAAGUCCAAGUUCUUUCCUCCACUGGAUUCUCCGCUACCAUCUCCGAGCCUACUUCGGAGGGAGAUCACAUUCUCGUCCGAAUCAGACGAGUCAUAUGGUCUACAACUCCUGUCGAGAAUAGCUUCAGAUUUACAGGUGGAUGAAGGUGUCAAACUCAUCAUCCCCGUGGCUAUUGUUCAACCCAAAAGGAAGGACUCGCACGAUCAAGCUCUCGAGGAUGUCCGCCCCAUCGAAAUCUCCCGGGCUCCAUAUGGUCCUGAAUCCAAGGCUGUCGAGAUCAGAGAUAACUCUGACAUCAUCGAUGCACAAUUGAUGCUUCAAUGUCUGGACGCAGGAGCCCUUGAUGUGGUCAAAAGUCCCUUGAACAAAGCAGGCAUCAUGGGCUUGACAGUCCACGCAUAUCGCAUAUACAAAAAUGCAAUGAAGGAACAGUCCGGCUUCAUGGGCAUGACCAGAAAAUCCCGCAAGCAGUCUUGGGUUGGUAUGGAAGAGGAAAAACCUUACGCCUAUCUUAGGGAAGCAAUGGUGAAGAAACUCCUCAAAGGCAUUUGCGAGCCGCAAACACUGAUCGAAGACUAUCAAUAUCGUGAUCUCUUCGUAUUAGAGGUACGAAAACCUGUCGUGGCGCAGGCUGUCGGCAGUUGGGGGUUUGAUGCGCAUGACUUCACUGAAGACGAAUUGGUCUAUGCUGGCUACUUCAUCCUCAAUCAUGCUCUGGAGAACCUCGAAUCGGUGGAAAAUUGGCGCAUGAGUAAAGCCGACCUCCUCCAUUUCAUGCAAGGCUGUCGCAUUGCCUAUAAUUCGUUUGUUCUCUAUCACAACUUCAGACACGCCGUCGACGUCCUCCAGUCAGUCUUUUACUUUCUCCUUCAGAUAGGCAUCCUCCCGCCCUAUCCCGCCGGUUCCGAACCACCGCCUCUCACGGACAAUAAGACACCUAUCGCACGUCUCCUGGGUCCUUUUGAAGCGCUCACUCUCCUCAUAUCUGCGAUUGGACAUGAUGUCGGCCAUCCUGGUGUCAACAACAUGUUCUUGGUCAAGCUGAACGCCCCUCUCGCUCAACUGUACAACGAUCAGUCUGUCCUGGAAGCCUUCCACUGUGCUGCUUACUCUCAGAUAUUGCGCCGUCAUUGGCCAGCGGCGUUUCAAGAUAAAGCGCUUCGGAAACUUAUGAUUAGUACAAUUCUAGCCACCGAUAUGGGCUUACAUUCCGACUAUAUGCAACAACUCGGCAAUCUGCAGGAAAAGAUCCACGCAACCAACGUUACGGAUGCAUGGACUCCGAAGGAUAUUGAAUGGGCGCGUACGCUCGCAUGUGGCCUGCUUAUCAAGUGCGCCGACAUCAGCAAUGUGGCGCGACCAUGGGCGGUAGCAGAGAAGUGGACGGACCUCCUGCAAAAAGAGUUUGCUCACCAGGGAGAGAUGGAACAAGCCGUGGGCAUGGAAACAGCCCUUUUCGGUGGCCCUCCUGAGUUGGGCAACAUGUUGAAACUGGCUAACGGCCAGAUUGGCUUCAUGGCCAUAUUCGCUCAUCCUCUCUUUGCCAAUGUCGCCGAUGUCAUCCCAGCCAUGCGAUUCGCGGCUGACGAGAUCCUCACCAAUAAAGGCGUAUGGUUCACCCGAGCCGAGCAUGAAAAGAAAAUGCAGCUUCUCAGGAGAGGCGCCGGCGCUCGUGAGACAGACCCUGUAAGUCCUAGAACGCAAAGCCCUGCUGGUCGAAAACCUAGUCGCAACGAAUUGCCAACAUCACCACUGCGAGGUCGAAACGAUUCACCUGAGUCGGCGGGUAGAGGAUCCGACGCCCGAAGAAGCAGCAACAACACGCCUCAGAAUACCUCCCGUCCGUCGUCGCUGGCAGCAGCAGCCGGCAUUGCCAUAUCUGCCAAUGAUUUCACGACCAAGACGUCAGGAUCCACGAAAAGUCAUGCAGACUUGAGAUCAUCAAAUGAUCCACGAAAGUCAGGAAAGCUGGUCGUUAACGGCGAUCAUGGUCUCAAAAAUGAAGGAUCAAGUGGUACACAUUGGAGAGAGAACAAGAACCCCACUGCUAGCAGCACGCCUAGACAGACUGCUGCUGCCAAUGACUUGUCCCCAGACUCCUUGAGUGCUCUUACCGAUACGCGCAGGGACGAGGCUGUGUCUAUGCGUGCUGGCAGUGAGGCCAUCCCUGCUGAAGCUCUGGAAGUCGAGAAGAAGCAGUUGCCCACGAUAUCUGAUGCAUCCAAGUUCAAGUUCGCCACGUCAAGGCAAGACGAACCUGUGCGAACGUACACCCCAGGACUUCAAUAUUCGGCUGCGCAUGCCAGCGCUAGAGCCAGUGCACCUGCAAGCGAUCAUGAAAUGAAACAGCAAAGCAAAAACCUAUCUGAUGGUCCGCAGCCGUCCAAGUCGGCACACAGCGAGACAACCUUGAGAGGUGGGGAUGACCGGACCUUGACUCCAAGUAUGAGUAUCGGAGCGACCAGCAACAACACCUCGGAGCCAAACGACGACAUAUCGCGGAAUCACAAUGGCUUCCACGACAUGCGCAAUCGUGCGGUUACUGCCCCAACGCAGUCGCCCAGUCCCCGAUUGAGGCCCAGUUUCAGUAUGGGAAGCAACAGCGCCACAAGCCGGGAGAGCAGCAAACUUGAUAUCCAUACCACGAUCUUGCGCAAUGGCGAGGUUGACGACGGCAGUGCCAGAGAUCGCAAGAUCAACACGAGAACUAUGGGUCGAAAGAGAAGUAAGCUAAAGCUAGCAGGACUUGCUUUCUGGAAGCGAAGUCGCAGUGACAAGAGUGUGGGAGGUGAUGAGCGUCCUGACAGUCAAGGCAGUUAAGAAGAGGAGGACGUCCCCCUGUUUUUCCAGGAAGGUUGUUUGUAUUCAUGUUCGAAUUGCGGCGUUAUUGCAUGAUGUUGGGAUUUAUUGUUCGGGCGGUCUUUUAUGGGGUUCUGUAACGAAGGCUAUCAAAAUGGAGUGGCUCGAGGAAUUGGCGACUCCACUCUAUGGCGGCAUUUGUGCGAUGCAGAUUAAUGUUGUUUGGACUACGAUGGACAAUUACGGCAAUGGACGGUCCGGGCCCUUGAGGCGCGGUUGCGGUACGAGUUGAAGGCUUUUCGAUGGAUGAUAUGUACGGUGUCGACGAAUACAAUGUGAGUCCAGGGACGUGGGCGCCACGAUGAGGACCGACAUGAAGCCAUGAAGACUCGAAUGCCUCGAACUCGAUUCGGACUUGAGCUUGAGCAGAGUCGGACAGGCAAGACAGGGCUUAUGACUAUAGCUGCAAGCGUAUAUAAAUGUAUUGACUCGACCAUAAUGUCUCGAUUGAGCCUGAGCCUGAGCCUGAC